ACCGAUGAAAGUUGGGAUUUGUUGUCACACAGGCUGCGGGAUGAUGAUGCACGCCAACUUUCCUUGAGUAAGUUGGGAGUGUUUAGCUCCUACCCUUGGCAUAGAUGAUGACUAUCUUUACAUGAUGACCCGGCCACUUGGAAGCAAUGAGAAGCCAUUGGGUCUGUUUGCUUCUCUUGACAUUAAAAAUAAGGACAUGAGGCUUGUGUCUUUUUCUACGGAAAGGAUGUCAUAUAUUGAUCCCAACUACCGGCCAUGUACUGUUUCACGUUACUUCAACAACACCUCUGUUGCAGGGAAGCCUCUCAAAAGUAAGAACAAGAAAGCUGCACCGAGGUUUAUUAUUGGUGAAAAUCUGAGGUGGAUUGGUUCGGUUAAAUUAGCAGUGCUCCGCAACAUCCUUGUUGCCAUUCAAAGGCUCACGUCGUUAGAUGCAAUACUGAUGAAACCAGAAAGGCCGGAUGAAACACAGCUAGAUCAAACACGGCUAAGGAAUUGCUCUGCCUCUGUUGAAAUGCUUGGCCAGAUGGCCCAUGGUAUUAGUUCGUACACUGAUCAUUUACCUGCAACCAGCAUCCAAUACCAUGUUGACGCACUUAAAGAAGGGUUUUCUAUUUUGGGUGGUAAGACUUUCCCAUUUAUGGACAAUGACGAGUAUGCAAGUUUUGUCGAUAUCACACACUUCAAAAUAUUGGAUGUCGUAAAAGUGGCGCGCAGCAGUCUUGUAAAAGAAUUGCUGCCUAAAAGACUGGACGAUCCACAUUAUUCGCUCCGAUCUGUGGAACGGACUCUUAUGUAUGGAGAGCUGCCACUGACACCGUAUCUGAGGCGUCUUGACCUGUCAGAAGGAUGUGCUUAGGCGCAUCGCCCUGUCAGAUGGGUGGUUGUAACAGCAAUGCAGUAUGGAAGAGUGACGCUGCUCUGCAAUUUCUAAUCCGUGAACCAUGUAAGCAGGUUAUAUGGUGGACGAUAACCAAUGAAAUCUGGGUUAUUGUUUGUUUUAACUAGCAGCUGAGUUGUCAUGUUCACACCAAAGUUUGAAGCUAUAGUAGUUGGGCUGUGCGCUUCGUUUUCAAGGUGCCAAAUUGUGGAGCGUCCAAUCCAAUGAAAAGCUCAUAUUGAA